AUGCCGAACGCCCACGAGGCCUUCAAGGCUCUCGGCCCUAUCAAUUGGGAUGACGUUCCUCAGGAUCAGCUUGAUACUUUCCUCAAAGACGCAUUCACCGACGCCCAAUGCAUAGUCGAUUCUAUCCCGGUAUCCUCCUCGUCCCUGCAACAUAUGGGCUUGCCGCGGUCGGCCACUGACACGAAUCUUACCUCAUUACCCAACAGAGACUCCAACUUAUCAGACCGUUCGUCGCAGCUGAGAAAAGAAUGGAAAGAAUGCAAGAUUAACCCUCGUGAAAAUCCGCUGGGAUUGGAUGUUUAUAAACUGGCUGCUAAGGAUGGAAAGGGUGCUUGGUUUGCUAGACGUAGCGUCCACGAUAAUUUCACCUUUGAGAAAUGGAAAUUGGGAUUAGAAAAGGAAUUUGAUGAGAGUUUAAAAGUAGAAGGGGGACCUGGUGCGGGGAGCAUUAGAGGGAUUGGUGCUGAUAGAAAGAUCGUCAACCAAACUGUUGAAGGCAUCGGCAAGAUGCGGGUCUAUCAACUAUCAGCUCAAUUCCCUGGACCAACAGCACCUCGGGACUUUAUAGGUCUCCUACUAAGCUCCGAGUCGAUCACCGAUGCUCCUGGUACGCCUAGACACUUCAUGCUUGUCUCGAAACCGUGCGUUCAUCCAGAAUGUCCGCCACGGCAGGGCUAUAUUCGAGGCCAGUAUGAGUCUGUCGAGUUUGUCCGUGAAAUUCGAGUAGAAAAGCCUUUACGGAAAACCCGAUCAUCAAUAGACCUACCUAAUGACGAGGUUGCGGCAAUGAUGCGGAAAACUACCGAAAACCUUAGCAGAGAAGCCACUGUCCGUUCAGCCCGCCAAGCAGCCGAGCCUACUAACAGUGAGGGUGGAAGAAAACGAGGUAAGACUAUUGGGACUGCCGAUGUUGGUGACGAUCGAGAAGAGGACGACCACUACGAGACCGUGAUCGAAUGGUUAAUGGUUACUCGAAGCGAUCCGGGUGGUAGUGUCCCGCGAUUCAUGAUUGAAAGGGGGACACCGCCAGGUAUUGCCGGCGAUGCCAACAAAUUAGUCAAAUGGAUCUCAUCUAAGUCUAUUGACGACUUUGCCGAAUCCGAAUCCGAACCCGACAAUGAAGGCACGAAACCUGAACAUGAGAUAUUCAAUGCCGAGCGAGUAGAUUCUGAGAAAACGGUCACGGCGAGUUCUAUAUUAAAUACCACUCACCACUCGAAGGCUCCACGACCAUCAGCUACUAAACAGAUAGAAGAGAUUGAGGAACAGCCUGGCUCUGUGGGGGUUUACGGCAUGAUAGCAAAUGCCUUAAAUGCAGCAGCUUCUGCAGCAGCCUCACGCAUCCCUAAUCCCUUCGGUCCAGUUAACAGUGAAGAUGCAGACACGUCGGACCUCGCAUCUGAUAAUCGGGACGACGAUUCGUCUUCCAUCCACAGCUUCCAUAGUCUAGAAGGCGAGGGAAUAGCCGAACUUGACAAUGCAUCACAAAAGCCAGGGGAAAGUUCAACCCAGCUUACACCAUCGGUCACUAAUGGUGGCGCGGAAUCCACAGUCUCAAGCGAAUCGCUCACGACCCGCUCGGCAGCGCUGUCGCACCACGAGAAAGAGCUUAAGAAACUUGAGGAGCGCAAGCGAAAGACAGAGGAGAAGCUGCGGCGGGCCCAAGAGCGGUCGCUCGCUAAGCGCGGCAAUGGAGACACGGAAUCCCAGCGUGAAGAAGCCGCGAUACAAAAGCUGCGCGAAAAGCACGAGCGCGAGAUAGCAAAGCAGCAAGAGAAGUACCAGCGAGAAAUAACGAAACUAGAAGCAAAGCGCGCGAGCGAACAGAAGAAGGCCGAGGAACGCCGGCGUAAGAUGCUCGAGCGCGAGGAAAAGACUACCCUGGCUAUGGAACUAGAUAAGGUGCGAGCCGAGCGCGAUAUCGCGCAUAAGCAGAUGGAGAUCCUGAAGGAACAGAUCGGCGAACUGCAAGCCCAGAACACAAGGCUAGUCGCGCGCCUAGGUCGCGAGGGCAUUAACGUAGAUGAUAGCGACGGCUCGAGUUCCUUUGGCGGGAUCAAGAGGUCCAUGACGGAUCAGAUGUCGGAUCGAGAUUCCAGGCGCGAGAGUACACUACGUUUAUAG